AUGGUGGAGCACCAUCUUGUUCAGAUACAGGGUUUCAGCAUCUUGGAUGCUACCUCCGGAAUUCUGGGGACACGAAAUUGCUCGGGUUUUCAAAGUCGCAAGCGCAAAGUCGUGUUCACCGUCAUUAUCAUGGCCAAGCCCAUCACAGGGUGUCUCAUUACUCUCGCCAUCACUGUUCUCGAAAAAACGGGGUUCAAGGCCAGGGUUAUUACUGCUGCUGGCAAGGUUGCCACCGACCCGACGAGCCAUUCUCUCAAAAGUCCAAACUUCAAGGACAUUUUCUCACUCACAGCAAUUCUAACUCUCGGCGCAGACAAGAACUUUAAUUGCUCCGUAUGUGGAAAAGCAUUCGCGAGACAAGCAACUCUCGAGCGUCAUGAGCGUAGUCAUCGUGGGGAGAAGCCUUUUAAAUGCAAGGAAUGCGGCAAGGCUUUCACAGAUAGCAGCGAGCUCAAGACUCAUUCUCGUACUCACACUGGCGAAAAGCCAUUCAAAUGCACCUUUCCAGGCUGUGACUUCCAAACCGGUGAUUCGUCGAAUAUGUCUAGUCAUAAAUUAACGCACAGCGGACGAAGACACAAGUGCACUUUUCCGGGUUGUACAAAAAGUUUCACUCGUCCUGACCAACUCAAGCGCCAUCUCAAAACCACCCACAAACUUGAGAACAGCCCUUUCUCUACGAGUCCGACUUUCCAAGUCCAAUGCAGAUAG